GAAUUUAUUUGCUUGUAGUUUUGCAACAUCGCGAUACAUUCGCUUUUUACAGUCUUUCUUUUCAUAUUUUUGUACUUUCAGGGAGUCAUAAAUGUUUUGAUGGCAAUUUCACAGAAUCAGACAAAACAAAUCAGUAAAGAAGGCGACAACUGUGACUAAACUUCUAAACCAGAGGUAAAUAGUUCUAAAGAACUCCAGAAGGCCGUUUAUAAAGGUUAAAAACACAGACCCAACCCUUGAAUCUUAAGAUCGGCUACAAUCCAAUCUGUACGGGAUAGAGGUUACUAAGAUCCAAGCCGUUUUCUCUCCAUUAGAUAGAGUAGUAUAAGAUUUAAACCAACAUGAGUUUCAGCUCUCCAAUGCCUAGUAGAGAGUUUCUUUGGGAUGUCUUUCAAAGAGUUGAUAGAGACCGAAGUGGCCUUAUUAGUGCUGACGAACUUCAAAUUGCACUUUCAAAUGGUACAUGGAGUCCCUUUAAUCCAGAGACUGUAAGGCUUAUGAUAGGUAUGUUUGACCGACAUAACAAAGGCCAAAUAGGAUUUGAUGACUUUGGUGCCCUAUGGAAGUACGUUACAGAUUGGCAAAACUGUUUUCGGUCAUUUGAUAGAGAUAACUCAGGAAAUAUAGAUAGAGAUGAGCUGAAGACUGCGCUUACUUCGUUUGGAUAUAGAUUGUCUGAUAAUUUAAUAAAUAUCAUGGUCAGAAAAUUUGAUAGGCAUGGCAAUGGAACUAUUCUAUUUGAUGAUUUCAUUCAAGCCUGUAUUGUUUUACAUACGCUUACAUCGGCAUUUAGGCAAUAUGACACGGAUCAAGAUGGAUAUAUUACUAUACAUUAUGAACAAUUCUUAAGUAUGGUGUUUGGCUUAAAAAUUUAAGAAUUUGUCUUUUUGUGGCUCUCAAUAAUGUCCUAUUUGUAAUAUUAGACCAUGGCAUUUACUAAAUGAUUCUAUACUUUCGGGUAAAUUUUUUUCUUUGUGGAUCAUUAAGGCUGAUAUUUUAAAUCGACUAUGCUAGUAUGAAUAGAACACGUCAUAAACUUUUGAAAAUUAAUAAUUAGGAAGUUUCCUUUUUUUUUAUUUUUUCAUAAUAUAUAGUUCUGAACAUAUAAAAAAAAACUCUUUUUGAUUUUUGAAUUUUUCUAGAAAUAAAAUCUUUAAAAAUAAAAAAGUUUUUGCCUUCCAAAGUUUGAGAUGCCGCGGUGGCUCGAUGACGUCACCAUACACAAUAAUUAUUUAUUACAAACAUUGUCAGUUUUGAAGAUAACAAAACAAUUUGUUUAAAUUUGAAGUCUUAAGUUAAAGAGUAUGUCGAAAAAGAAAUGUCGAAGUUGUACGAUAUUUCUGACAUCCAAGGAAACUUCCUAAUUGAUGACGGAGGAAUAGAAUAUAAGAAAUAGAAAUUAGGAACAUCAGCUAGGCGCUUUUCGAAUAAGUAUAAAGAAGAAUAUUUACCUGAAUUUAUUAGAUUCGAUCUAUAUUUUCCUAAAUGCAUUGUUGGUCUAUGGGCUUCUACCUCAAAAUGUAAAUCCAAGACUCGAUACCUUUUGCUUUUAAGCUUUUGCUGACUGGUUAAAUUAUAAAUGCUCUUUUUUGAAAAACAUUUUAACACAGUGUUAAUAGGUAGUACUUAAUGUCUAUUUUUCUCCAAUAUUUAAUUCAAUGUUAAAGCUAUUAAGAGGGAAGUCUUACUAUUUUUUUAUUAUUCUUUUAAAGAUAAUAUGGAGGUAUAUUUGGACAAUGCCCACUAUGUAUAUUUUAUGUGUAUUUUAUUGACUUAAAAAAAAGUUUAAAUAUAUUAUUCAGCCACUUUAAACGUUUAAAAAACGUGGCGGUAAGUUAAAUUUAGUAGGAAUAACGAAAAUGACUAUUUAACCUGUUUGCAGAGCAUCUUUGACUGUGUCAAUUAUUUCAGUGUUUUUAUAAUUCAAGAAAAUCGUUAUAAGAAUCCAAUUAAGACAUGAUUGAAUCGUUAUCCGCAAUACUACAAUUAAAGCUAUUGAUUCUUUUUGUUUUGAUUGUGAUGCUUGACUUGCGCAAUUUGACAAAAUUAUUAUUAUUACAUUAAUAUUUGUAUGUUUCAUGAUAUGACAUUUUGUAUGUUUCAGAUAACUUUUUUAAAUAAUUAUUACUGAUAUUUGCUUUUCAAAAUAUAUGAAACUAAAUAAGAGAUAUUGUAUUGAUCUAAUAAUUUUUCUGCGUCACCUUUCACAUGUUCUUUGUCCUUUCCUAUCCUUCAAACUCCUUUCCCAGACCCUUCCCUACCCCUUGCCGGUAGUAGUUGAACGCCGGUAGCCAGGCCGGAUGCAUCGUGAGAGAGACGACAUCGUGCAUUUAGUAUUUGAUUAUUCUAUUCGGGUAUAUACCCGACGAUUUCUCGAAUUACCAUCUUGUUCUGGCUGAGUUCCCUAGUUCGAAGUUUGUUGCAUUCAUAAAGCUAUUGUUUGAAUAGGAGACAAUUAUUUAAGGUGAUGAUUAAAAUAUUUGCCAGUUAUACCUGUGGUCCUAAAGCCACUCAACUAUACUUAUACUUAAAACUUACAAGACUCUUUGACUUACUAGGUGACUUCUUCGGACGCUUUCAUCUAUUUUUAAAAGCUAGAGUCUGUUUUUGUCUUUCUCUCUAUUAAGUAAUUAAUAAGACAAAAAUAACAAUAAAUUGAGAACUGUUUUAUUUUGUUGCUUCGAUGUCACGCAUGUCAUAUUCUUGUCCCUUUAUGCAAAAACCUCAGUAUCUGUAAUUCACAAAUGUUACUAUAUACAAACUAUCUGUUUGAAAAUGAUAUUUCUUUCUUUCUCCUUCAAUUUAACUUAAACUAACUGAUUUUUAUUUUAAACUGCUGCUUUGUCUGCAUUACUGUCGGGUCGGAGAAUAUAAAGAAAAAAUCAACAAUAAUAAAAAAUUAUAUCUUAUUGGUAACAUAUAUUAUCAAGAAAAAAAGAAUAGGUUCAAAGGCGGUCAAAAAGUGGAUGGUUUGAAUCUCAGCUUUAAAAUAUUUACAUUUGAUUGGAUUUUAUAUUACACUGAAUUAUUUGAUUAUCAUUUCGAAUGUCAAAGAAAAAAUCGAUGAAUUUUC